AUGUAAUAUGUUGCUAAUCGAAUGCUUAAUUAUCUUGAGCCCUAGAUGUAUACUAGAUUUUCAAUUUUGGCUAAUCAAAAAGGAUGUGUAAAUUUAGGAUAAGGAUUCCCAAAUUUUCCUCCACCAUAAUUUUUAAGAGAAGCACUAUCUUAAGAAUCUUUAACUGAAUAAUUAUAAUAUACAAUGACAAGUGGUCAUCCAAAAUUACUUAAUUCUAUUGCGAAUUUCUUUGAAAAAAGAAUGGCAUUAAAAAUUAAUGUUGAUAAAGAAAUUGUUGUUAGUUCAGGAGCAUAAUCUGUAUUAUGUUGCUUAAUGUAAGGAACUUUAAAUCCACAUGAUGAAGUUAUUGUAUUUGAUCCAGCUUUUGGUAAAUAUUUUCAUGAUUUUUAGAUUUAUAUAGACCUUUAAUUGAAUUUUCAGGCGGAAAACAUAUUGGUGUUCCAUUGAAACCUAAAAUUAAGAAUACUAAAGAAAUGAUGAUGAAAAGAAGUUUAGAUGGUCAAUUUAUAUGUUCAAAUGAAGAUGAAUGGGAAAUCGAUUACAAAUAUUUGGAAAAAGUAAUAAAUUAUAAAACGAAAUUGAUUAUUAUUAAUUCACCGAUGAAUCCUAUUGGAAAGUAAAUUUAUUAUUUAUAUUUGAAUAUUUACAGAUGAAGAAUAUAAUAAAUUAGCAGAACUAUUAGAUAAAUAUCCUUAAGUGAUUAUAUGUGAAGAUGCUGCAUAUCAUCAUAUUACAUUUGGAAAAUAUUAACCUUUUGUUUAUCCUAGGUGUAUAACUCAUCCAAAAUUAAAAGAGAAAACUGUAUGUGUAAUUAGUGCUGGUA